GGGUAGGCACUGCCGAUUAGUUAAGGGUUCAGCUGAACAAGCUUCAUUGGCUUCUCCAUAAAUAUCGCUUAGUAAGAUGCUUGUUUUGUCCAGCGAGGAUAGCCUUGUAAGGCUUUCAAGGUUGGCCGUUUCGUCAUUUGCAUAAUUCGACGUCGUUUCAUGAAUAUUUAUGAAUAUUUAUGAAUAUUCAUGUGCCCGCCGACGCAGGUGAUGAAGACUGAAUCAGCCUCGUUGAAAAAGCAAGCAAGGCUGAGGAAAUUCCAGCUCGAUGAAAAUAAGAGUAAAAAUGACAACACCACGUCUGCCAACUGUAGAUGAUCUGCCAAAGAAUCUAUUAUGUGAUAUUUUACCAUCCAGAGACGGAAAGAAUACCAAUAUCCUGAUUCUGCUUCAUGGUUUGGGGGAUACGAAGAAUGGCUUCACACAGCUUGCGAAAAACUUAUCUCUACCUCAAACUGCGUCCUUGAUUCCUCAAGCCCCAACCCCAAUCCCCGCCCUCAUAACUGGUUCCGACCUACCUUCUUUCCAUUGGGCACGAGAUCUCGAAUUCGACUCUACGACUGGUUCUCUAGAUCUCGAUGCUGAUAUUACACCCUCUAUCACACUCCUGACUUCUAUGAUUGAGAUGCUCAUGAAAACAUGUAAUUAUCCACCAAGAAAUAUAUUUAUGUUCGGGUUUGGACAAGGAGGCAUGCUGGCUCUAUCGACUCUCGCACAAACUACUUCUUCACUCCUAAGAGACCUAGAAUUGGGAGGUGCGAUUUCAAUUGGCGGACGACUUCCUGCGUCUUUCUCCCCGCCUUCAAAUGCAGACCCAAGUCAAAAAGAUAACAAAGGGAGAGUCAGAACACCAAUUCUGAUAGCGGGCGGAAACAGAAAGUCAGAAAUAACAAGGACAGCUUUGGAAAAGGUAAAGAGUACAUUCGCCGAAGUGGAAUAUGUUAAAUGGGAGAGAGAAGGUGAUGGGAUGAUGAGGGGGAGGGAGGAGGUCCUGCCACUCAUGAGAUUCUGGGGUAGAAGGUUGAAGAUGGGGGUUCCGGAGGGAAUGACAGAGGUUUGAGGUGGAGAGGAGAGGUGAGUGGGCAUAACGAGAGAUGAGGAAGUUAUGGGUGGGAUUCGAGUGGGCUGAUCCACCAGUGAUACUCAGGGUUUGAUUUCAAGGUUCUGGGGAUUGAAUCUUUUGACGGCAUAUUUAUUUGACCCGAGCUACGCGCUGCAGACAGUUCUGUUUAGAUAUUUUAUUAUAUCCCUCCUAUUCAUACUUAUCUUUCAUUGCCUAGGUGUGAGAUAGUGAGCUUAUACUGCUAUGGAUGGCUCAGUGGGUUUGGUCUGAGUAAGGGUACUGAAGGGGGGUUCAUAUCCUGUUUGAAGUUAGAAAAUAGAAAACUCUAGAGACCACCAUUGCACAUGGCAAUCGAAGAAUGCUCAGAGAUAGCACCGUGGUAUCUACUUGGGUAGGAUCCCAUAGUCAGAGAGCUAUCAGCAAGAAUCUUGGAUAGAGGUCGAUUUUCGCGUUUGCCAUUUUCUCACGGUGUUCCGAAUAUUAUCAUUAUCAUCAACUAUCCGAUACCCACAGCUAUCAUUCAGGGUCUAUAUCAUCUUCCUCGUUUUCAUUUUUCUUGAUUUAAUCCCAUCCCCCAACAUCGUUCACCCAAAAUCAACUAUCGUUGUGUUUACCUUACAUAUGUUUGGAACCCACUCUCCGUAGGUAGAAAUCUUCAUUGCAUGCUCAACACAUUGCAUUUGCCCCCGAACUUUAUCAUUCUCGAAAAUGCAAACAUUUCUUCUCGUGACUA